GCCACAAUACUGCACAGGAGCGCCGGGGCAGCCUCCCUGCUCCCGCCCCGGCCAGGCGCCGCCAGCGAGGCGCAGGGUGCGCAGGGGACACCCGGGCCGGGCCGGCCGCCUUCACCCUACGAGGGACCUCUCCAGCCACCACCGCCACUCAUUUCCAGGGUGCAGAAGAACACAUUACUACCCUCUCCCUGCGAGUGGGACUGGUACACCGGCUCCAGCUCCAGCUCCAGCCAGAAGUACUCCACUGAGCACAGGCCUCGGCCGGGGCUCAGCCUGAUUUCCCAGGCGCCAGGCAUGGAAGAACUGAAAUGGGAACAGUAUACUGUGACCCUGCAAAAGGAUUCCAAAAGAGGAUUUGGGAUUGCAGUGUCGGGAGGCAGAGACAAUCCCCAUUUUGAGAAUGGGGAGACCUCCAUCGUCAUUUCCGAUGUGCUUCCAGGUGGACCUGCUGAUGGUUUGCUUAAAGAAAAUGACAGGGUGGUCAUGGUUAAUGGCACCUCCAUGGAGGGUGUGCUCCAUUCGUUCGCAGUUCAGCAGCUACGGAAAAGCGGGAAGGUUGCUGCCAUCGUGGUCAAGCGGCCGCGGAUAGUCCAGGUGGCCCCACUGCAGGGCAGCCCUGCCCUCAGUCACGACGACCGGGCUUUCGAUGUGAUGGAUGAGCUGGACAACAGAAGUUACCGCAGUGGGUACAGCGAGAGGAGCCCACACGGCAGCCGUGAAGAGUUUCACCGCAGCUGGGAGGGCAGCCUGGAUAGGGGCCGUGGCCACCACCGAUACCAGGACCAGGACCGCAGCCGUGGCCAGAGCCUGGAGCGUGGCCUGGACCGGGAUGAUCGCCGUGCCCGGGACCGCAGCCGUGGCCGGAGCGUAGACAGGGACUAUGACCGGGACUACGAGAGGAGCUACGAGCAGGGCUACGAGCAGGACUACGAGCGCUCCCACCGCCCGGCGUAUGGGAAGGACAGCCCGUCUUCGGGGAAUCGCCGCCAGGUCCAGCCAGAGUCCCGCUACGAGCGCCCCCGGAGCAGGAGCCAGGAGCACUUCCAGUCGCAUAGCCCCAGCCCUGAACCUCGGGGCCAGCCUGCAUCCGACGGGCACAUCGGGGUCCUCCUGACGAAGAGCAAAGCCAACGAAGAGUAUGGUCUCCGGCUAGGCAGUCAGAUCUUCAUCAAGGAAAUGACCAAGACAGGUCUAGCAUCUAAAGAUGGCAACCUGCAUGAAGGGGACCUAGUCCUUAAGAUCAAUGGGACUGUCACAGAGAACAUGUCAUUGAUUGAUGCUGGGAAGCUGAUAGAGAAGUCUAGAGGGAAACUCCAGCUGGUCGUGUUCAGAGACAGCAAACAGACGCUCAUCAAUAUCCCCUCACUCAAUGACAGCGACUCGGAAUUAGAAGAUAUCUCAGAAAUGGAGUCAGUCCGGUCGUUUUCUCCUGAGGAAAGACGCCAGCAGUAUUCUGAUUACGAUUACCAUUCCUCCAGUGAGAAACUGAAGGAGAGACGGAGCUCAAGAGAGGACGCGCCACCAGGCAGACUGUCCAGGAUGGGUGCCACACCCACUCCGUUCAAGGCCUCGGGGGACAGUGCCGCUGUAGCCACAGAGACCAAAAAGGAACCCAGAUCCCAGGAGGAACCCCCAGCUCCUCUGCCCAGGACAACCCCAAGAACUUUUCUCCGUCCUAGUCCUGAAGAUGAAGCAAUAUACGGCCCUGACACCAAGAUGGUGAAGUUCAAGAAGGGAGACAGUGUGGGUCUGCGGUUGGCUGGUGGCAAUGACGUUGGAUUGUUUGUUGCUGGUAUUCAAGAGGGCACUGCAGCGGAGGAGGCAGGCCUGCAGGAGGGAGACCAGAUUCUGAAGGUGAAUACACAGGACUUCAGAGGACUGGUUCGGGAGGAUGCUGUUCUCUACCUGUUGGAAAUCCCCAAAGGGGAUAUGGUGACCAUUUUAGUUCAGAGCCGAGCUGAUGUGUACAGAGACAUCCUGGCUUGUGGCAGAGGGGACUCGUUUUUUAUAAGAGCCCACUUUGAGUGUGAGAAGGAAUCUCCGCAGAGCCUGGCCUUUUCCCGUGGGGAGGUCUUCCGUGUAGUGGACACACUGUAUGAUGGCAAGCUGGGCCACUGGCUGGCUGUGAGGAUCGGAAAUGAACUGGAGAAAGGCUUAAUCCCCAACAGAAGCAGAGCUGAACAGAUGGCCAGUGUCCAGAAUGGCCAGAGGGACAAUGCUGGGGACAGGGCCGAUUUUUGGAGAAUGCGUGGUCAGAGAUCUGGGGCAAAGAAGAACCUGAGGAAGAGCCGAGAAGACCUGACAGCCGCUGUGUCAGUGAGCACCAAAUUCCCAGCGUAUGAAAGGGUUCUGCUGCGAGAAGCUGGUUUUAAGAGACCUGUGGUGUUAUUUGGCCCCAUAGCAGAUGUAGCGAUGGAAAAGUUGACAAAUGAGUUACCUGACUUGUUUCAAACAGCCAAAACAGAACCAAAAGAUGCAGGGUCUGAGAAAUCUACUGGAGUAGUUCGGUUAAAUACUGUGAGACAAAUUAUUGAGCAGGACAAGCAUGCACUGCUAGACGUGACUCCAAAAGCCGUAGACCUGUUGAAUUAUACCCAGUGGUUUCCAAUUGUGAUAUUUUUCAACCCAGACUCCAGACAAGGUGUUAAAAUCAUGAGGCAGAGGCUGAAUCCAUCAUCCAAUAAAAGUUCUCGAAAGUUGUAUGACCAAGCCAACAAACUCAAGAAAACCUGUGCACAUCUUUUUACAGCUACAAUCAACCUCAAUUCAGCCAAUGACAGCUGGUUUGGCAGCUUGAAAGACACCAUUCAGAAUCAGCAAGGACAAGCAGUGUGGGUCUCUGAAGGAAAGAUUGAAGGGAUGGAUGAUGACCCCGACGACCACAUGUCCUACUUAACCGCCUUGGGCGCGGACUAUCUGAGUUGUGACAGCCGCCUCAUCAGUGACUUUGAAGACACCGACGGCGAAGGAGGUGCCUACACUGACAAUGAGCUGGAUGAGCCAGCCGAGGAGCCACUAGUGUCUUCCAUCACCCGCUCCUCGGAGCCGGUGCAGCACGAGGAGAGCAUAAGGAAGCUCAGCCCAGAGCCACCAGCUCAGAUGAGGAGGGCUGCUAGCAGAGAUCAACUUAGGGACAGUAGCCCACCCCCAGCAUUCAAGCCAGAACCGCCCAAGAUAAAACCCCAGAACAGAGAAGAAUCCUAUGACUUCUCCAAAUCCCAGGAAUACAAGUCGAACCCCUCUGCCAUGGGUGGCGAUGACUUUCCCAGGACCACUGCCAGAGGUUGUCCUCCCCCUGUCGCGGCGAAACCCUCCUUUGGACGAUCCGUCCAGAAGCCCUCCGUCCCUGUCCCUGCCCCUGAGAGUGAGGAGGUCGAGGAGAGAAUCGAGGACCAAGAGAACGCUCCCAAAUCAGUCCUGGGCAAAGUGAAAAUAUUUGAGAAGAUGGAUCACAAGGCGAGACUACAGAGGCUGCAAGAGCUCCAGGAAGCACAGAACGCACAGAUUGAAAUCGCUCAGAAGCAUCCCAGCAUCUAUGCAGUUCCAAUCAAAGCACCCAAGCCGGAUGCCGGCCUGCCCCAGCACACAAGUUCUAGACCCCCCGAGCCGCAGAAAGGGCCCUCCAGAUUCUCUCAGAACAUGCACGGAAGUUAUGGAAGCGACGCGGAGGAGGAGGAGUACCGCCAGCAGCUGGCGGAGCACUCGAAGCGCAGUUACUUUGGCCAGCCAGCCAAGUACCGGGACACUGAGUUGUAGUACUGCACACGGACUCCUCUGGCCCAUCUGCCGCCGCCUCAGACGCUUCUGCGAGGCCACUGGGAUGUCACUGCCACUGCAGAAAUGCACCGGCGUGGUGGAAACUGAGCUCGGUGUUUUCCUGGGCGCCCCAGGUGCCAGCCAGCACAUACUGAGAACCAAGGCUCUGUUUGUGGGAGCAGGGUGGGGAAGUUUAUUAUGGCUUUGUGCUUAGAAUUGAGAGGCACACUACAGUACAGAUGCUGUUACCUGCUUCAGUAAACCAAAACCUGUAUUAAUGCUGUUGGUGUGUUUUUAAUAUGUAUAUUAAGGAGCAAUAACUCAAGCAAGCUUCAGUGGGAGGCUGAAUGUGGAAAAAAGAAAAAAAUACACUGUUCGACUCGAAUUAAAUUUAAAUGUAAAGUAUUUUACUAUAAAGUGCCUUUGACAAGCAGUGUCUUAAAUUCUCCUUUAAAGCUUUAUGCAAAGCCAUAAUGGACUAAAACUAUCUGGACUACAUUUUUUAUACCAGUUUAAUAGCCACGGAUCUUCCCUGCACUGUUUCAUCUUUUCAACGUGUUCAUCUUUGUAAUAUUUUCUAUAAAUUCUGAUUGUACAUAUAAUAGCUAAACCUGGUAAUUGGGUUGUAAAGUGCUAAAAAGCUUGAAGGCCACGAAGUUGGUAUGGAAACUUUAAGAACAGGUGCUCCACAACAGAAGAUGGUUGAGAAAAGCAUUUUAUUUUCACUAGUGUGUGUAUCGAUGGCCGUCAGUUUUAUAAUUUAAUAAAAAGAAGAACACAUCAUGGUAAUUGGCUUUGUGGUCAGUUUCUGUGCACACGCACAUUCCGUGCUGAGGAUUGAAGUCAGGGUGUCAGGAUGGUAAGCGUGUGCUCCGCUAGCUGCAGCCUCGCCUUCCUGGUCUAAAGUGCAACAUUCGUGUCCGUCAGUGAUCAUUCAGUGAAAGCCUGCUCAUUGUCAAACACUGGAAAAUGGAGCAAAUAUGAGUAACAAUAAAGACUGCUUAUAAUCUUG